UCUCUUUUCUAAAGACGUGUAUUGAUCUCAUCGGCCACUUUCAAGAAAGAUCACAAGGCUAACUUGGAACGAUGAAGCUCAAAAAUCCCUUCAAAAACAUCCCAACGCAUAUGGACUAUGAAGGUCAAAAACUAGCAGAAAGGCUUUUCCACAUCGUAAUAUUGUUUUUCGGGGCUGUUGGUUUUCUCUGGGGUUACUACAUACAGCAGUUUGGUGCGACUAUUAUCAUUGUUGCUGCUGGAUUUAUCGUUAGCUGCAUUUUGGUGUUACCUCCCUGGCCCAUGUACAGAAAACAUGCACUCGACUGGCAGAAACCACGCCCAGAAAAAACUGACACAAAGAGAGAAGGAGGAAAGAAGAAGCAAAAGUAGUUGCUUUGCUUUUUUAGGUCUUGCUUUGUAAUAUUAAAAUGAAAUAGCAUUAAAUAUCGGUACAAUUGUACAGUAAAUAUAA